AUGAAGAGGAAAUGGCAUAUGCGAGCGACGACAGCGACAUUCGAGCGAGACAUCCGCUGGCAGGGGAAGAGGGUUAUAUUCCGCGAGACUGGGCUGUUGGAUCGAUGUCACGAGAUGAGCAGGACUGGCCCGUCGGAUCGAUUGAACGAGACGAGCCUGGAUGGAGGAAUGAUCGUGUGGGAGAUGUUGCGACCGAGGGGCAGCCUGGCGUGGUUGGGGAAGAAGCAGUUGAGGAGGAUCGGAGAUGAUUUGGCAACGAAGAUUCUUUGUGGAAGUCAUAUCGAUUAUGCUUCAGCUGGCGCUGGUGUCGUCGAUUGGCUUGGGCUAUGCACGUCCAUGGCAUGCAUUCUUGAGCGGAAGAAUUGA